CUCCAGCGCUCUCACACCGCCGUCCUCUCCGCCUGCUCCUCCUCGGGUCUCCUGCUCACAUCUAUGCAGGUGAGCUAUGGACGAAAGCACCUUUGAGACAUUUGAGGAAGAGCUUGGCAAACCACUGCAAGAAGUUCCUCCACAGAAACCUAUCAGACAAGCGCGAACAGGAGGCAGAGCAGAGAUGUACGCUCAGAGGAGGGUGCGAGAGGAAGCUCCAAUCGUCCAGCAGGUCCCGAAGAUGAUUCCACGGGAACAUCCGGUCUCCAGCGCCACAGCGUCGUUACGCAAAGCACUGUCCAUCCAGAAUCUGACGCAGAUCGAGACGCCGUGGGAGGGCGUGACGCUGAACAGGUGUCUGAUCGCAGCCAUAACCAUCCUGCUGCUGAGCUCCGGUUUACAAAGAAUACACGAGGCCGUCAGAGGCCGUAAGGAGGUCAGUGAAGAGCUCAUAGCACUAAACGACAGACACGCUCUGAUUAAAAGGGGGAAAAUAACACCGCAUGAACUGGACACUUCCUUAUGGGACACAUUGUUCUGGUGGAUUGAUGAUGAUGAUGAUGAAGGAAAAUCCAAGAGAGCGAGUCGCAGGAGAGUUUCCAGGGGCCUCAGACACCGGGCCCUUCCAGACCUCAGGCUCCUGAAGAAAAGAGAGACAAAAUUCACUGAGCGCAGAAGAAGAGGACGACGAGAAGUAGAUGAGACUAAAGAGAGACUGACAAAAGAGAAAGAGAUGAAAGUCAAGAAGAAAGUCAAGGAAGUGAAAGAAGAAGAGGAGGACAUAGAGAUGAAGAAACCAAAGAAACCAGCGAAAGAGAGCAAGCAAAAACCUAUGAAGAAAGAGAGAAUCUGUGAUGCACAGAUAAUGAGUGCAUAAAGAAAACAGGGAUUGCAUAUGCUCUUAAUUGUCUUGAAAAAAAUCUUAAUGAUCCUACAGGGAUUCGAUUUCUUUAGCAAAAUUUGUUUUCUUUUGAUUAUAGGGUGAAAUAUGUUCUUGAAAGGUUUGCAAUAUCCCGAUGCACUUCUCCCUAUGAUAAAAAGGUAUUAUUUGGUGCUUUUUUGUUUUGUAAAAUCUGUAUGCUUUUGAGACUUUAUGGUCAUUGAAGUCAUAAACCCCUUGAGAUUUUUACAGGACUUUUUGCAAUUAUGACUGCAAGCUCAACUCACAAACCUCAUAUUCUGCUAGAGGAUAUUAAGAAAUCAUUGAUUACUGUCAGGUGAGAUCAAGAGGUUACAAUAACAAUAAUUAGUUUAUUAGUACUUCAG